ACGAAAAGUGUUGUGGUGUAGUGGCAAAUAACACUCCUUGUUCAUUCAUGCUCUUUGCUUUCUUCUUGUUGUUCGUUAUCUCUUCUUCUUCUCUCGCUUCACUGUUGAAUAAACCCUAAAACAACAAAAUCGACCCUUUUUCUUUUCUCUUCUCGAUCGAAUCUCUCAUUCACUGUUGCCUACGAUGGAUCGAAAGAGGGGAAGACCUGAAGGUGCCUUCAAUGGCAAUGGCGGCGCCAAGAAAUCCAAGCCAGAAAUGGAGUCCUUCACAACUGGUUUAGGAAGCAAAUCCAAGCCAUGCACAAAGUUUUUCAGCACCUCUGGGUGUCCAUUUGGUGACGGAUGCCAUUUCCUGCAUUAUGUUCCUGGUGGCUUCAAAGCUAUCUCUCAGAUGAUCAAUGUUGGAAGCAGUCCUACUAUUCCACAAAUGGGGAGAAAUCCAGUUCCUCCACCAUCCUUCCCAGAUGGAUCUUCUCCUCCAGUUGUUAAAACCCGCAUGUGCAACAAGUAUAAUUCAUCUGAAGGUUGCAAAUUUGGUGAUAGAUGCCACUUUGCCCAUGGGGAGUGGGAACUUGGCAGGCCCACACUCCCGCCAUAUGAAGAUCCUCGUGGUUUCGGUCAAAUGCAAAGUAAUAGGGGGGGUGGGCGAAUUGAGCCCCCACCUCCAGGUCGUGGAGCUGCUGCUGCUGGCUUUGGAGCCUCGGCUACUGCCAAGAUUAGUAUCAAUGCUUCCCUAGCUGGAGCUAUCAUUGGAAAAAAUGGUGUCAACUCCAAGCAAAUCUGUCGUGUAACAGGAGCUAAACUUUCCAUAAGGGAACAUGACUCUGAUCCCAACCUUAAAAAUAUCGAGCUUGAAGGCAGUUUUGAUCAGAUCAACCAAGCCAGUGCAAUGGUUCAUGAACUUAUUCUAAGUGUAAGUUCUGUCUCUGGGCCUCCAGCGAAAAACUUUAGCUCACAGCAUUCUGCCCCUGGGAGCAACUUGAAGACUAAGCUGUGUGAAAACUUUGCCAAAGGCUCGUGCACUUUUGGGGAAAGGUGCCACUUUGCUCAUGGAACAGAUGAAUUACGCAGGCCUGGAAUGUGAUAGAAUUCAGUAGUUUACAUGUUUUUAGUGAGGAUUGAACUGUGCAAAUUUUCUAGCUAGAGAGUUUUGUCAAUCUGCUCCUAAUUCACCUCAUCGUAAUUAAUGAGGAGCCUUUACCUCAACUUCUUAAAUUCAAUUGCUUCUUGUAUCUGAAUUGUUGAGUUUCCUGUUAUGAUUUACAUUUUUGUCA